GUACAUUAUGUAUAUAUUCUCAAGUCGUAGCCGCUUCAGCGUGGUUUAUUUCGUUUUACUUCUCUCCGCCAGGCUUUCGUGCGCACAAAGUGAAUAGCAAAAUAUUUUUUAAUCCCUUUCUAAGUAUAAAUAGUUCAAAAUGGUCAUUAAUUUUGCCGCUGGUCCAGCUAAAUUACCGGAAGAGGUGCUGAAAGAAGCACAAACAAAUUUGCUCAAUUGCAAUGGGACUGGGAUCUCAGUGAUGGAAAUGUCUCAUCGCUCCUCGAACUAUGCAGCGAUUCAAGAAACAGCUAUAAAUGAUCUACGCGAACUAUUAAGCAUACCAUCAAACUAUAAAAUACUACUUAUGCAAGGCGGCGGCACUGGUCAAUUCGCUGCUGUCUGUUUCAAUCUCUUGGGACGCACAGGUGUAGCAGAUUAUGUGGUAACCGGCUCUUGGUCCGCCAAAGCAGCAAAGGAGGCCGAGCAAUAUGGCAAGGUGAACUUGGUAGUACCGAAGGUAGCAAAAUACACUGCUGUGCCCACGCAAGAUACCUGGAAACUCGACCCAAAUGCUUCAUACAUUUACUACUGUGACAAUGAGACGGUCGAUGGUGUUGAAUUCGACUUUGUGCCAGACAUAACAAAUGGUGUGCCAAUAGUUUGUGAUAUGUCCUCCAAUUUCCUUUCACGUCCCUUUGAUGUCACUAAGUUUGGUUUGAUUUUCGCGGGUGCACAGAAGAAUAUCGGUCCAGCAGGCGUAACAGUGGUGAUCGUACGUGACGAUCUCAUUGGCCACCACAUGAAGCAAACUCCAUCGAUAUUGAACUUUUCACAAAUGGAUAAGAAUGCUUCGCUACUCAAUACACCACCGACGUUUUGCAUUUACUUAAUGGGUUUGGUAUUCAAGUGGAUUAAGCGUAAUGGCGGUGUUGUUGGUAUGGCUAAAACGGCUGCAACCAAAUCAAAACUUAUCUACGAUGUCAUUGAGGAGUCGAAUGGCUUCUACUCUUGUCCGGUGGAGAAACGCGUGCGCUCACGCAUGAAUGUGCCAUUCCGUAUUGGUAGCAGCGCGGGUGUUGAUGCUUUGGAGAAAGAGUUUCUGGCAAAGGCUGAAAGCCAAGGGAUGAUCCAAUUGAAGGGACAUCGUUCGGUUGGCGGCAUCAGAGCAUCGUUGUAUAAUGCUAUUACUGUUGGCGAAACGGAACAGUUGGCAAAACUAUUGCGGGAGUUCGCUCAAAGUCAUAAAGCUUAGAAUUAAUGGAAGACUGAAUUAUAGUAGCAACAACAAGUUUAUGUGAUUAAACUUUUUUGUGAAAUGGAAUAUUUUUAUAAAUAAGUAACUCAUUAUAUUUUGCAUCCUUUGAA